UCGGGUUCCGCCUUGCCUGUUAGCGGAGGCGCUCCGUCGAGAUGGCCCUCUGUUAAAGUUCCUGAGGGAGACCGGAGCCACCUGGACAAUACCGGGGGAAAGACUGAACUCAUUAAAUACACAUUAACGCAUUCUUCACACCAGGACCGCAGGUAUAAAACAGGAUUGCGAAGGUGCGAUAGAGAAACGAAGUCUGAGGAAAAUGGCGGAGCCGGACAAAUUAAACAUCGACUCUAUAAUUCAGCGUCUUUUGGAAGUCAAAGGCUCUCGACCGGGGAAGAAUGUUCAACUUACAGAAAACGAGAUCCGUGGCCUUUGCCUCAAGUCUCGUGAAAUCUUCCUGAGCCAGCCCAUCCUGCUGGAACUUGAGGCUCCCUUGAAAAUCUGUGGUGAUGUGCACGGUCAGUACUAUGAUCUGCUCCGACUCUUUGAAUACGGAGGCUUUCCCCCUGAAAGCAACUACCUGUUCUUGGGUGAUUACGUGGACAGGGGGAAGCAGUCGCUGGAGACAAUCUGCCUGCUUCUAGCCUACAAGAUCAAAUACCCCGAGAACUUUUUCCUGCUCCGCGGUAACCACGAGUGCGCCUCCAUUAAUCGAAUCUACGGCUUUUAUGAUGAGUGUAAGCGACGGUAUAACAUUAAGCUGUGGAAGACCUUCACAGACUGCUUUAAUUGUUUACCUGUGGCUGCCAUCGUAGAUGAGAAAAUCUUCUGCUGUCAUGGAGGCCUUUCUCCCGAUCUUCAGUCGAUGGAGCAGAUCCGCAGAGUAAUGCGACCCACAGACGUGCCUGACCAGGGUUUGCUGUGCGACCUGCUGUGGGCCGAUCCAGACAAAGACGUGCUGGGCUGGGGGGAAAACGACCGCGGCGUCUCCUUCACGUUCGGGGCAGAUGUGGUGGCCAAAUUUUUGCACAAACACGACAUGGACCUAAUAUGCAGGGCACAUCAGGUGGUUGAAGAUGGUUACGAGUUUUUCGCAAAGAGGCAACUCGUCACUCUGUUCUCAGCUCCAAACUACUGUGGAGAGUUUGAUAAUGCUGGUGCCAUGAUGAGUGUGGACGAGACGCUCAUGUGCUCUUUCCAGAUUCUUAAGCCAGCAGAUAAGAAAUUGUAUCCUUAUGGUGGAGGGGGAGGAAUGGGUUCGGGAAGACCAGUCACCCCCCCGCGAAAUUCAGCCAAGGCUGGGAAGGCCAAGAAAUAACAGCCGCUGAGCCACUUCCUACGACUCGCCACCCCCACUCUCAGCCCAACACUGUUUUCCUCCUCUACCUCCCAAAAUUGUUUCUCCCUCGUCACCAAACGGCAAUAAAGAAAACAAGUGUCCAGGGCUCAAUCUUCUUUUCUUUUCUUUUUCUCUUUUUUUCUUCCUCUCUAAAACAAAUUUUAACUGUUUUGAAGAUUUGCGAGGAUUGUUCUGUAAGUGUAUCUGUAAAAAAGCGAGUGACACAGAAGGCAUUUUUGUAUAUUGUAUGUUUUUCUUUGUUUUAUUUUUCAUGCCCUCUUAUCUGUAUCCUUUCCUUUUCUAGAGAUGGGUUCUGCCCAUUCAUCAUCUAAAUUCCAACCUGGCUGACGGGUGGUGGUGGGGGGGGCGGAGGGAGGAAUGAGCCUCGCUUGUUUAUGUUCAGGCCAGGCACUGUUUAAUGCUAAACACAAGCUUUUGUACAUCAUGUUUCCGAGGUCCAUGUAUGUCUGUGUGGAGGGGGGUGGGAGGGAUUUUGGGGAUCAAGUUGCACGGUAAAACGGUAACGGCACAUACCACACGCUGGGUGCACAGGUGAAUGAAUGACGUGUGGUGAAAUAGAUGGAUUCCAGAGAAGAUUACUUUUUUCCCACUUCCACCUUGAAAUGAAUGAUUUUUGAUGAGUCAUGGGUGUGCUGUAGAUGUGCUUUUUUUUUUUCCUCUUUUUCUUUGUAGAUACAUCAAACCAGCAUGAUUUUUAUUUUGUCUUUCUUAUUUUUGUUUUUAGUGCACUCAAAGUUGAAGAUAAAUAAACGUAACCAUUUAUUUGAAAGAAAAAGACGCCAUCACUUUGUUUGCUGUUAGUCACCUUUGUCAUUGCAUAUUGCAUAUUUAAGUUCGGUUCUUUGAACUGACGAUUCAUCAUGACUGGGACUAAAACUUUAAAAAGUAACACAUGUCACUUUGGCCCAAGUUAUAAUAUAGAUGCUUCAGUAUGUUUUUAGACAAAUUCUGAUAUUUAGAAAAAUAUUCAUAAAUUUUAAGCGAAGAAAUGGCAAAACUAGUUUUAGUAUCUUUCGUUGAUGGUUUUUAUCGCAAAUAUCCUGUUUGAUCUUUUUCUAUUAAAGCAUGUAAAGCUGAAAGGGUGAAACAAAAGUCUGACAGCCGUCGGGAUGGCGGCUCUAUCACUCUGCUUUUGCCUCCGAUGUUUAGGCUGAUAUUCUUAGUAUAAUCCAACUUCACUUCUUGCAGUUAUGAAUAGACAACACUUUGAUAUUGACUAUAGAACAUUUUAAUGAAGAAUGGGGAAGUGUGCAAAUGUUUUUCUGUUUGUUGGAUUGUGAUCAGAAUAUCAGAAAGAUGAGAUGCUUCAACUUUCAGUCUGAGGUACUUUAGUUAAGAUCAAGAACAUUUUUUUUUUUUUUAAGAUUGUAUAAUACAUUCCUUUCCACCUUUCAGUGUGCAUGGGUAAUGUGUGUGUGAAACAUUGUUGGAGGAUAAUUAUAAGUGAAUUUACUUAUCACAUGCAAAAUAUUCCCAUUCAAUCUAGCUUUGAAGUUCUGAUUACAGCUUAAAGUGAUUCCCAGCUAUUGCUGUUUAGUUGUUCAGUAAAUACUUUUUUUAUUAUGCUCUAUAAAUCAUAGGCAAGUAUGUGGAAGUACUUGUGCUGCUGGUGACCGCAGUCAUUUCUGAUUUGCUGUAUGUGUUUUUAUAAUUUCCUUUCAGAGGUUUGCUGUGAAAAAAAGAGCCAUAGACAAUUAAAUUAUUAAACUAAAAGAACUGUGAUCCCCUCAAAUGUAGAUGCCUCAAAACUAUACUCUGAGGAAAAAAAAAGGUGAGCCAUUUUUUUCCCCCUGAUUGCUACAUUUUUGUCAAGUAAAAGCAAACUUUUUAAAAAUCCCAAAGGUUCCACUUUGCAUUUCUACCACUGUGCAUUAAGUCUGACAGGCGUACAGGGUGUUCCCAGUGAAAACAGGCCAUAGUUCAGCACAGGCUGUUGCAACUGGUGAAUAAUACUUCUCACACACUUUUUUGCACUGUUACAUAAUUGGUGUGUCUGGCUUUGUUUGCUGUCUGUCCUCAUUCUUGAGCCCCCUGUUCAAGUAUAAACACACAAGCGGCUCUCUUAAAUUUUAAAGCCACUAAAUACUGGUCAAACUGCGAGCAGAGCAUAUAAGGACGUACUUCUGCAGAGGGUGGAGGAGCUGGAAUUCAGCCACCAUCCUGCCCUUCCUUUUCUCCUUUCCUUUUCUCAGCCAGAGGUUUUCGGUUCAGUGACUCACAAAACAUUGUUUCCCCCUAUUGAUAUUUUGUGUAAUCUUUACCUGCAACCGAUAGAAAUCCAAUCAUUAAGACCUCAUUAUAAGCUCUUGUUCAUUUCACAUCCAGUGAGAUCAACUCAGGAAGUGAAAUAAUAUAUAUUGAAGACAAUUCACGCAUUUUAUUUUUAAUCUGCAGACUAAGAUGAAUGCAUAUAUGAAUACUUUGUGCAGGAUAUACCCAAGUUGGGGCACCUGCCUUUUUUUUUUCUCUCUUUUUUUGUGUGUAAAGGUUUAGCCCAACCCUGGCGUACCAACGGGCAACGUUCAGAGAGAUUUCUUGUUAGUGAACGACCCCUUUUGUGGAUAAAGUUUGUGAGGUUUUGACAAAAACAAUGAUGUGGAAACCUGUGGGAUGAAAGUGUAAUGGGUUAAUUUAAAAAAAGAGAGGUUUUAAGAGUACACAGCAUCCUAAUAUGACUAAAUGCAAGGCAAUAUGAUGCUUUUGAAGACUAUCAUCAAUAUUAAGAGAUUGUAAUUAAAGAUGCCAAACACUUUAAUGGAAUCUGCAGUUCUGUUGUCUCCCGAAUAAAGGAUUUAUCAAAGGACAUUUUAACUGUCGUUUUCACAGCUGUGCAAUCUCCUGCUUAGACUUUUGUUUUUUCUUUUCUUUUUUUAACUGACAAAGUUAACCUUAGAUACGGCAAGCUUAUUAGUGUAGGAUUUUUUUAAUCAAUCAGGGAUGUUUUGCACCAUGCACUGUCGCUGGGUAGGUAUAAGAAAUCCUAGGAAUAUAACAUUAAAUGCGUAGGAAAAUAAGCAUAUUUUUAUUUGUAUUUCAUUUGUUUUCAAGUCAAUCAGAUGGUAUCUGUUUCAAGGUAGAAAUAAAAUGUAUAAUUUUUA